GGAUGGACUCUCCAGACAGAAGUCGAAGUCCCAGUCCAGCGAAGAGAGAACACAGCGGACCUUCAGAGAAUGAGCCAGUUCCAGCAGCAGAGAGGCCCCAACAGGUCGGCUCAGUCGAGAGAAGCCCCAAAGACAGGCCGUCCCCUCAAGCCAGUCCUGCAGGCCGCAGCCCCUCCAGGAGUCCUGCCUCCAGCAGCUCAGACACCAGCAGCAGCAGUGAUGAUGAGGAUGAACAUCAUGGGGCACUGAGGAGGAUUAGGAGCAGCGUGGCCCAGAUCAAAAGAUCCAGAUCGAGGUCCAGGUCCAGAGAGCAAGACAGAUCCAGGUCCAGAGAGAGAGACAGAUCCAGGUCCAGAGAGAGAGACAGAUCCAGGUCCAGAGAGAAAAAUAGAUCCAGAUCUAGAUCCAGGGGACAAGACAGAUCCAGGUCCAAAUCCCAAGAACGAGACAGAUCCAGGUCCAGAGAAAGGGAUAGAUCCAGGGGAAGAGAGAGAUCAAGAUCUAGAGGACGAGACAGAUCCAGGUCCUGGGGGCGAGAUAGAUCCAGGUCCAGAGACAGAGAUCGAGACCGGGAGCGCUACGACAGAGGACGCUAUGCAAGAGAUCGCUAUGAUGAUCGCCGUGACGACAGGAACGGGCGUUUUGAACGGCGGACCAAUCGGGAUGCCGAGUCAGAUCACAGGAGACGCGGCCGCUCCGCUUCCCCUCCGAGAGACGGGGAGCCGGUGGUGGCCGAUGAGCCUCCGGUCAAGAAGAAGAAGGAGGAGCUCGACCCGAUCCUGACGAGGACCGGUGGAGCUUACAUCCCCCCCGCCAAGCUACGCAUGAUGCAGCAGCAAAUCACUGACAAGAGCAGCCUGGCCUAUCAGAGGAUGAGCUGGGAGGCUCUGAAGAAGUCCAUCAACGGUUUGAUCAACAAAGUCAACGUGUCCAACAUCGUCAACAUCAUCCAGGAACUGCUGCAGGAGAACAUCGUCAGGGGCAGGGGUCUGCUGGCUCGCUCAGUACUGCAGGCUCAGGCAGCGUCUCCGAUCUUCACCCACGUUUACGCUGCUGUCGUCGCCAUCAUCAACUCCAAGUUCCCUCAGAUUGGAGAGCUGAUCCUCAAACGCCUCAUCCUGGCCUUCAGGAGGAGCUACCGCCGCAACCUUAAGCAACAGUGCCUGACAGCCUCAAAAUUUGUGGCUCACCUCAUCAACCAGAACGUGGCCCAUGAGGUUUUGUGUCUGGAGAUGCUAACCCUGCUGCUGGAGCGACCCACUGACGACAGUGUGGAGGUCACCAUCGCCUUCCUAAAGGAAUGUGGACUCAAACUGACCGAGGUCUCCCCCCGUGGAAUCAACGCCAUAUUUGAGCGUCUCAGGAACGUCCUCCACGAGUCGUCCAUUGAUAAGAGGGUUCAGUACAUGAUUGAGGUGAUGUUUGCCAUCAGGAAGGACGGUUUCAAAGAUCACCCGGUCAUCCCAGAGGGCCUGGACCUGGUAGACGAGGACGACCAGUUCACCCACAUGCUGCCACUGGAUGAUGAGUACAACCCCGAGGAUAUCCUUAAUGUGUUUAAGAUGGACCCAGACUUCCUGGAGAACGAGGAGAAAUACAAAACCAUCAAAAGAGAUAUCCUGGACGAGGGCAGCAGCGAUUCAGGGGAGGAGGGAGAUGGCAGUGACGAAGAUGAAGAAGAUGAAGAUGAGAUCGAGGAGGGGGAAGAAGAUGAGAAGGUCACCAUCUUUGAUAAGACAGAAGUCAACCUGGUUGCUUUCAGAAGAACCAUCUACCUCGCUAUACAGUCCAGUUUGGACUUCGAGGAGUGCGCCCACAAACUGAUCAAGAUGGACUUUCCUGAGAGCCAGACGAAGGAGCUGUGUAACAUGAUCCUGGACUGCUGCGCUCAACAGAGAACCUACGAAAAGUUCUUUGGUCUGCUCGCCGGGAGGUUCUGUUUGCUGAAGAAGGAGUACAUGGAGAGUUUUGAGGGGAUUUUUUCGGAGCAGUACGACACGAUUCACCGUCUAGAGACCAACAAACUGAGAAAUGUGGCCCGACUGUUCGCUCACCUGCUCUACACAGACUCUGUUCCCUGGAGUGUGUUGGAGUGUAUCAGGAUGAGCGAGGAGACCACAACGUCGUCCAGCAGGAUCUUUGUGAAGAUCCUUUUCCAGGAGCUCUGUGCCUACAUGGGCCUCCCCAAACUCAACCAGAGACUCAAAGACCCGACUCUGCAGCCGUUCUUUGAAGGCCUGUUUCCUCGUGAUAAUCCCAGGAACACUCGCUUCGCCAUCAACUUCUUCACCUCUAUUGGUCUGGGAGGACUGACGGACGAGUUGAGGGAACAUUUGAAGAACGCUCCAAAGAUGAUCAUGACCCAGAACCAAGAAGUGGAAUCCUCCGACUCCUCCUCGUCCUCUUCAUCCUCCUCUUCAUCAUCUGACGACUCCUCCUCAGACUCCUCCAGCGAUUCAGAUUCAGACUCCUCAGACUCGGACUCCUCCUCCAGCAGUAGUAGUAGCAGCAGCAGCUCAGACUCAGACACCAAACACAGGAAGAAGAAGAAGAGAAAAGAACAAAGUGGGGAGAAGAAGAAGAAAGAGAAGGAAAAGAAGAAGAGGAAGGACAAGCCCACUGACAAGAAGCGAAGCGGACACAAGAACAGCGAAGAUGAGGAGGAUGACAGUAACGACGAGAAGCAGGCGAGGAACGACAGGAGAGGCCGUGCGCGUGAGGUGGAGGAGCAUGAGCGUGCACGUGGGGAUGCCCGCCGGAGCAGACGAGACGAGAGAACAGAAGACGAAGAAAAGCAGCAGCAAGAGGAGGAGAGGAGACGAAAAAUGGACGUUCAAAGCAGGAAAAGAGACGGAGAGAGGGAGCGAGAGAGAGACCGAGACGGAGAGAGGGAGAGGGAGAGAGACCGAGACCGGGAGAAGGAGAGGGGGAGAGACAGAGACAGGGAGAGGGAGAGAGACAGAGAUGCGAGGGAGCGGGAGAAUGAGGAGAAGAGAGAGAGGGAGAGGGAACGAGAGAGAGAAAGGAAUAAAGAGAACAGAGACAGGAACAGAGAGAGAGAGGAGAGGAGGAGGAAAUAAAACUCUUCAUCUCUCCGUCCUGAAGCAGCAGUGAUGGACUGAUGACUGACAGACAAGUGAAUCUUUUCCCUCUGUCAUCCCUCUCUUCUUCUUCUUCAUCUUCAUCCUGUCACACUCUGGUGUUUUGGAUUUGGGACCUGACUCUGUCUGUCUGUUUUUUCUAUUGUUAAUUUUUGUUGUUGAUGAAAUGAGAGAAAAAAACCAUUAAAGUUGAUUUAGAUGUUUUUUUU